GAAAAAAGAAGACUCAAAAUCGUCUGCCAGUGACGAGUCUUCUUAUUUAAUUUAUCAUUGAAUCUAAUACACGAUCUCUUAUUCGUAGACUACUGAAAACGUCUUACCUACCGUUCGACGCAUACGUUAAUUCUCAAUCGCAUUUCACAAUUCUCUUAUGGAAAAUAUAAUAAAAAUGAGAUUCGCCGUUCCUUGCGCGGUGAUCUGUCUGCUCUUAUUCGCCUGUGCUAUAGCUGAAAAAGCUGAUGAGGAAACGUUUCCUUUAAGUGAAUCGUUAGAUGAAUUGGAUGCUGCCGAAAGCAGGAUGUCUUUAUCUAAAGAAGAAUACAGGAAGGAGGACAGGAAGUGCAUUGAGAAGCACCACGAGUGCACUCACGACAAGCACAACUGCUGCAGAGGAAAGUUCUUCAAGUACGAGUGUCACUGCCACGACGUGGUGGACGAAAAGGGAAAAAAGAGAGAACGCUGCGCUUGCCACAACCCUCUCCGCUACAAAGUCGUCGAUUUGGCAUGGAACGUCGGCACAAAAAUGGUUUGAGGCAACCCACCUCACUCCUUUUGUCAAAUACCUCUGCAAUGAAGACAAUUUAUAGAACGAGUCAUAACUGAAAAUUCCACAUUUCUAGUUUUUUUUGUGUGAUUUUAUUGAAAAUGAAAUAAAUAAAAAAACUUGGCAUUUCAUAAUGAAA